GCGGGGAAAAGAGUGAAAUGAGAAGAGAAAGAUGUCAAGAGUAAUAAUUUCCCAGUUGCACAAACAGCUUCAUAAAAGACCCUUCCGCUUACAAUGGAGAACUCUCUCUUAUUUAACACACAAUCAGCUAUCUCUAGACCCUCCUCAGGACUAUUAUACUACGGCCUCAGUUCAAUCUGUCUUUUCAAAUCCAUGUUUUUAUCUUCUUAGUUUAUGCAAAAGCAUCAUUUCUCUCAAGAGAAUUCACGGAUUACUCAUUAUUGAUGGCCUUGUUAGCGAUCUUUCUUGCAGUACCAAAUUAGUUAGCUUGUAUGGUUCCUUUGGGUACAUUGAUGAUGCUCGCUUGGUGUUUGAUAGAAUACCUAACCCAGAUUUUUAUUCUUGGAAAGUUAUGCUAAGGUGGUAUUUUUUGAAUGACUUGUGUUGGGAAAUCAUUGGAUUUCAUUCGCGUUUGAGAAUUUGCUUAAUUGAGCAUGAUAAUGUUGUUUUUUCAAUUGUUUUAAAGGCAUGUAGUGAACUGCGAGACAUAGAUGAAGGGAGGAAAUUGCACUGUCAGAUUAUUAAGGCAGGUCCGCCUGAUAGUUUUGUAUUGACUGGUCUUACAGAUUUCUAUGCGAAGUGUGGAGAGAUUGAGUGCUCACGUUGUGCGUUUGAUGAAAAUCUUGAUAGGAAUGUGGUUUCUUGGACUUCUAUGAUUGUGGGUUAUGUACAGAAUGAUUGUCCCGUUGAAGGAUUGAUUUUGUUUAAUAGAAUGAGAGAAGGGUUGAUUGAGGGUAAUCAAUUUACCUUGGGCAUCUUAGUUACUGCAUGCACAAAGUUAGGAGCUUUGCAUCAAGGGAAGUGCUUUCAUGGGUACGCGAUAAAGAGUGGUGUUCAACUUAAUUCUUACUUGAUGACAGCUCUUCUAGACAUGUAUGUCAAGUGUGGAGUCAUUAGAGAUGCUAGGUCUGUAUUUGAUGAGCUAUCUAGUAUUGAUCUCGUCUCUUGGACGGCUAUGAUUGUUGGGUACACCCAGAGUAACUUAUCUUAUGAUGCUUUGAAAUUGUUUUUGGAUAAGAAAUGGGCUGGUAUCUUGCCCAAUGAUGUUACUAUUGUAAGCGCACUGGCAGCAUGUGCACGGAUGGGCAAUUUGAAUUUGGGAAGGUCAAUUCAUGGUCUUGCGAUUAAACUUGGUUUUGCAGAACCUACUCUCAUGAAUGCCCUAGUGCACAUGUAUGCAAAAUGCCAUAUGAAUAGAGAUGCUAGUUAUUUAUUUGAGACAGCUUCAGAGAAGGAUGUAGUUUCCUGGAAUUCUAUUAUUUCUGGGUGUUCUCAAAUGGGGUCUCCAUAUGAAGCCCUUGACUUAUUUCAACGAAUGAGAAAGGAAUCUGUCUCACCUGAUGCAGUUACACUGGUUAGCGUUUUCUCAGCAUGUGCCUCCCUUGGUGCUCUCCAAGUUGGCUCUUCUCUCCAUGCUUACUCUGUAAAGGAGGGCUUAUUGUCUUCCAAUGUAUAUGUUAGCACUGCACUUUUAACCUUUUAUGCCAAAUGUGGGGAUGCUGGAUCUGCACGUACCAUUUUUGAUGGUAUGCAAGAGAAGAAUACUGUUACGUGGAGUGCAAUGAUUGGUGGUUAUGGAGUUCAAGGGGAUGCUGGUGGGUCCCUUUCCAUUUUCAAUGAUAUGUUGAGGCAGGAACUGAAACCGAACGAAGUAAUCUUCACAACCAUUUUAUCUGCCUGUAGUCAUACAGGGAUGGUAGGAGAGGGAUGGAAUCUUUUUAUUUCAAUGUGCCAGGUAUAUAACUUUGUGCCUUCCAUGAAGCAUUAUACGUGCAUGGUUGAUCUAUUGGCUCGUUCUGGUAGUCUUGAAGAAGCCUGGGACUUCAUCGAGAAAAUGCCAGUUCAAGCAGAUGUUAGUUUGUUUGGAGCAUUUCUCCAUGGAUGUGGGCUGCAUUCAAGGUUUGAUCUUGGAGAGGUAGCAAUCAAGAGAAUGCAAGAAUUACAUCCUCAUAAUGCUUGUUAUUAUGUGCUUAUAUGCAAUUUGUAUGCUUCUGAUGGAAGAUGGAAUCAGGUUAAGCAGGUAAGAGAGUUGAUGAAGCAGAGAGGAUUAAUCAAAUCCCCAGGAUAUAGUGUGAUGGAGACGGAUAUUGGUUAUGAUUUCUCAUUGCCUAGAGCUGCUUCUCUUGUAUAGACCGUAAUUUAUAUGCAAAGGACAUUAUGGGAUCUGACAAACUUGAAGUAUUCACUGUCAACAAGAAGACAAUGGAACUUUUCUUUUGGAAAAAUGUUGGAUCAGAUGAGAGCUGACCCUGAUCUGCAGCAGCAUGGCAUGCGGAAAUACAAGCAGACGGUGCAUUUGUAAGAAAUGACCAAGUAAUGCCAAUUGAAGAGAUGAUUAAAGGAUAAGCCAUCUCAUUUAAGACUUUUGUGCUAUAAGGAUAUUGUUGCUAUGGUCUCCCAAGAGCUCAUUGGUUCUUUAAAAGUAGCUGUGAAGGACUACAAUGCAUUGCCACAAUAAACCAGUAAUCAGGAAGAGGAAGUUUCCCAUUUGGGUGAUCACUCAAUUCAAUCAGGAGUAUACCAGUGAGAUGAUGAUGCAUGUAUAAGAGGCCUGCCCAGUAGAGUGCACAUGAUAUCCCCUGUGACUGGCUAUUGUAUUUUCAGUGUCUGGAUGAAAUUCACUAUCAGCCCGAUUCUAUCUUGGAAACCAUCCUAGGGCGGGCUUUUGAAGGGGCUGAUGUCUUUGAAUAACCCUUUCACGUUACUGACACAAGAUCUUCUUUUUCUUUUAAUACACGACCUGCUUAUAGGAGCAGAAAUCCCUGCUUUCUUCUUAUUAAUUUGUGGAUUACUUUUGGUGUAAAUCAAAGAAAUUUAAAAGAAGUUUCUGCUCUUAGAAAUUAAAGGAGUAAUGUACAGUAUUUUGAGAGACAAAACAAGCAGUUGUUUCUAUAUGUAAGGGCGUUAAAACUGGCUGCUCAAA